CCUUCCAGCUCGAGAUAGGCUUCCGAAUAUCUCCCGAGCUCAUUCACUAGGUCAUAUGUAGGUUGUAGCCGUCUCUAGCUUACCUACCCUGUCUCGCCUCUCUAGCUAAGACGGCGCGUUCAACAUGAUAGGAUCUGUUCUUAUCACAGGGGCCAAUGGGUCCCUUGCAAUACACGCCGUUGACCAUCUCCUUCGUCAUCACCCAGAAUAUGCAGCUAUCUUAACCGUACGAGAUGUUGAUGACGCCAACAGCAAGAGACUGCGUGAGAUAAUAUCGAAAUACCCAAAUGCGAAGAUAUUUAUCCACCAGCUUGACCUUGCUGACCUCUCCGCCGUUCAUGGUUUCGCCAGCAAAAUUCAGAAAGAGGUAGCUGAUAACUCGUAUCCUCCCCUUAGCGCCAUCGUCGCCAAUGCGUAUUAUUGGAACCUCGUCCGCGACCCUGAGCUCACAAAAGAUGGAUACGAGAAAACCUUCCAGAUUGGCCAUAUCGCCCAUGUAGCUCUAGUAUUACGUCUCCUGGGGAGCUUCGGACCGGAAGGUGGAAGAGUUGUACUUUUUUCCAGCGAUGCACACUGGCCCGGCAAGAACUCUUUGGAGAAAUAUCCGCCAGCAAUCCCGGAGGACCUCGAACAGCUCGUUAAGGCCGAUGCUGGGGCUGACAAGACAGGUCUAGGAUUCCAGAAGUAUGCGAAUACAAAGCUGGCAAUUGUAGCAUGGUCGUAUGCACUGGAUAGGCAUUUGAAGAGGGACCCAAGUUUGAAUAAGAUCACAGUAGUAGCAAUUAAUCCGGGGAACCUAAUCGACUCACGCGCGCUUCGAGUUAAUACUCCAAAACCCUUCACUUACAUGCAGAAGUUCGUUCUUCGACCUCUUCUACCCCUAAUUCGACUGAAGGACCAUACGGCGCGCCUCUCGGCCCCAGCUGGAGCAGACGUUAUUGAGCUAGCUGUUAAUCCGAAAUAUGUGGGACAGGCGGGUUAUUAUACUCUUUUGAAGAAGGAUGAGAGUUCGCCAGAGAGUAAAGAGGAACGGAAGCAGGAAGCAAUAUGGGCGAAGAGUUUAACUUGGGCUGGUAUCAAUAAGGAGAAUACCUCUUUAGCCCUUGACUCUUAAUGCUGUAACAAUAUCUAACCCUUGAAGUAGUUGAUUUGUAGUGGAGGAUGUUAGUCAUUAUGUAGAAUGCUGUGAAGUUUAAUAAUACCUCAAGUUUAAUUCA